AGAUUGGGGUUUUUUCCCACUGAAAGCUGAGAAUGAUUCUGCAGAUAUUCUUGUCUUGUACCUUCACACUCAUUAAUCAUCACAAAACCUUUGCAAAUUGCUAUUUUUAAUUAAUUAAGCUUUUCUUUCACUUUUCCACCGAUCCAGCAGUCACAACAACACUUGCACGUACCCUUCUUCUCCAAAUCUCACUCAACUCACUUCUGCUUUUCAUUCCAGGUGGUGGGUGAUGAUAUGAAGAAGUUAAGAAUGAUAUUUUUUACUUUGCUUAUUCUUUCAAUCUUUCACCAAGUAGUGUCAGAUGUUCAUCAACCACUUUCAAAAGUAGCAAUUCAUAACACAGUAUUUGCUCUUAAUCAAGGUUCUUCUAUCAAAGCCACUCCUAAUCUACUUGGCUUAAAGGGACAAACUACAGAAUGGGUCACACUGAGAUAUAGUACUCCAAACCCAAAAAUAGAUGACUGGAUUGGAGUCUUCUCUCCUGCAAACUUCAGUGCUUCUACUUGCCCUGCUGAAAACACACUUGUCAAUCCUCCAUUUUUGUGCUCUGCACCUAUCAAGUUUCAGUAUGCCAAUUUCUCGAGUCACAAUUACAAGAACACGGGGAAAGGUUCCUUGAAGCUUCAGUUGAUUAAUCAGCGAUCUGACUUCUCGUUUGCUCUCUUCACCGGUGGAUUAGCAAAUCCAAAGCUCGUUGCAGUGUCAAAUAAAGUAUCAUUCCUCAAUCCAAACGCUCCAGUAUAUCCUAGACUAGCACAAGGGAAAACAUGGGAUGAAAUUACUGUAACAUGGACAAGUGGAUAUGGGAUCAGUGACGCCGAGCCUUUUGUUGAAUGGGGCCGAAAAGAAGGGAAACUUGUGCAAUCUCCUGCUGGGACACUGACUUUUGAUCGCAACACCAUGUGUGGCGCACCAGCAAGGACUGUUGGGUGGCGUGACCCUGGAUACAUACACACUAGUUUUCUGAAGGAGUUGUGGCCGAAUAAAGAGUACACAUACAAGCUGGGGCAUAGGUUAGUUAAUGGUACAACAGUUUGGAGUCAAGAAUAUCAGUUUAAAUCAUCUCCUUAUCCUGGUCAAAAUUCCGUACAACGUGUGGUCAUAUUUGGUGAUAUGGGAAAGGCAGAAGCGGAUGGCUCCAAUGAGUAUAACAAUUUCCAGCCUGGCUCACUCAAUACUACGAAUCAAAUUAUUCAAGAUUUGAAUGACAUAGAUGUGGUCUUUCACAUCGGUGAUUUAUGCUAUGCUAAUGGAUACCUUUCACAGUGGGACCAGUUCACUGCACAGAUUGAGCCAAUUGCCUCAAAAGUUCCUUAUAUGACAGCAAGUGGCAAUCAUGAACGUGACUGGCCAGGAAGUGGAUCAUUUUAUGGAACCUUGGAUUCAGGUGGUGAAUCUGGUGUACUGGCUCAAACUAUGUUUUAUGUUCCUGCUGAGAACCGGGAAAAAUUCUGGGUACGAAGUUGAAGAUGAGCUCCUCUUAUCAUCCAGAAACAGAUGGGCAGACUGAGGUUAUUAACAGAUGCCUUGAAAGCUAUUUGCGUUGUUUUGCAUCUGAUCAGCCUAAGUCUUGGACUCAUUGGAUUCCUUGGGCUGAAUAUUGGUACAAUUCUACAUACCAUGUAUCCAUUGGAAAAACUCCUUUUGAAGCUGUUUAUGGUAGAUCUCCUCCUAAUUUAUUGAGGUUUUUGUCCAAUGAAACAAAGGUGGCUGCAGUGGCUAUGGAGUUAUCUGACAGGGAUGAAGCGUUACAACAGUUGAAACUUCAUCUUUUAAAAGCUCAGGAACAGAUGGCUAGUUAUGCUAACAAAAAGAGAAGAGAUUUGUCUUUUGAGAUAGGAGAAUGGGUCUUCCUCAAAUUAAGACCCCAUAGACAACACUCAGUGGUCCGUAGAAUCAAUCAAAAGUUGGCUGCACGUUUCUAUGGUCCUUUUAAAAUCAUAGCAAGAGUAGGGCCUGUUGCUUAUCAAUUGCAAUUGCCUGCACAGUCAAAGAUACACUCAGUCUUUCAUGUGUCUUUACUUAAAAAAGCUGUAGGUGACUAUCAUGUACAAGGUGAGUUACCAAAGGAUUUAGAGGUUAGUGAUGACAUAACAG